AUGGCUCCAAUGCCAAUUCAAAAGCUGUUUUUGGAGUUGUGGAGGAGGUUGUUUGCGGCCAAACAGCAACUGGUCAAGCCAAUUACACAACCAUUCGCCUCUGUCAACAGUAGAAGCGUCAGUCUUGCUCCCGUUGAAGUUGUCCAAGCUGCUGUGCCACAACAAGGUGUGGAAGUAGAAGCAGUGGUCGCGGCACAAAAUCUGAUGCCUGCUCUACCACUGGCUCCAGAGCAGCCACAACAGCCACAACAGCCACAACAGCCACCACAGCCACCACAGUCACCACAACAACCAACAACACCCCCAAACCAACCAGAAGAACACAACAAUCAUACAAGAUCGGUCCCAGAUGAGCAACAGGCACCAGAACCCAUGACAAUGGGCCAACAGUCGGUCCUCCUAACUCCGCCGGCACAACAGCAACAGGGACCACAGCCAGUUGCAACUCAGCAUGGCUUCGAAUGGUUUGAUGAACCAGAUGGGGUUAGUAUUGGCAAUCUCAUUCGCCAGCGAGAAUGGCUGUUGAGGACUCCAGUGAAUGAUGAGAUCUGUGAUGGAUGUGACGCUGGUUUUUUGCUGCCGAGGUUGGACUAUUUUCUUCUUUUGUUUCCUUCGAGAGCCUUCAGUCUUAUACUGAUGGUAUGGCAUUGGCGGUCAUUGGAUCAAUGA